CAGACCCUGAUCGGGAGCUCCUGGCCCCACUUCAAAGCAUGGACCUUGAGGUACAGCAGAGGGAGCAGGACAGUCGGGACGUCGUGUGUGGCAUCUGCAUGGACAAGGUGUGGGACAAGCCAGAGGCCAAGCGGAUCUUCGGCAUCCUGCCCAACUGCACUCACGCCCACUGCCUGGGCUGUCUGCGCACCUGGCGGAAGAACCGCCAAAACUUCCCGCUGGAUGUCAUCAAGGCCUGUCCCCAGUGUCGUGUGCAUUCCAGCUACAUUAUCCCCAGCAAAUUCUGGGUGAGCAAGGGGGCUGAGAAGGAGCAACUCAUCAGGAACUUCAAAGCUCGAACUAGGAUCCCCCAAAUCCUGGAGGUUCAGAGUGAUGGAGAUGGCAGGUGA